AAUUUGAAGUUAAUUAUUAUUCUGAGCAAUAUAAUCAAGCACUUACAUUUGCCAGAGUUUUUAUUAAUAUUUGCAAUACAAAUACAUAUUGUAAAAUAUUUAAAUUGCUAUUUCACUAUAUUAAAAAACUGACUGAUCAAUUACCAACAUUUUAUCAUAUUCAUAACUCUGGAUGGAAGUGUAUAAUUGGUGAUUUAGAUCAAGGUCAAGCUAAAGGUCUUGGAUUAUGUUUAGAGGAAAUUGAUAAUUCAAAAAAUUGGGAAGAGCAUCUUCAAGCAAUAUUUAAAACAUGUUUAAUACAUUUUAAUAG